UCUCUCUCACUUCUUGGCCCUCCCUGCCUCUCACCUCUCACCUCUCACCCCACGCCCUCCCCGUGUGGUGGUUGUGCUGCCCGCUGUGUGUGUGUGUGUGUGUGUGUGUGUGUGUGCGCAGUGGUGGCAACCCUCACCAGCAGGUAGAUGGGAGAGAGGGGGGGAUGAGCAGCAGCAGCAGCAGCAGCAGCAGCAGGGAGGGGAGUGGGGAGUGGGGCGUGGGGCGUGAGUGGCGGCCAGCCAGCCAGCCAGCCAGCCACAGCCACAGCCACAGCCACGGCCAGCCAGCCAGCGUGAGCCAGCCAGGCAGUGGUGCAGUGGUGCAGUCAGUGAGGCAGCAAGCAGUGGCGGCGAGGGGACGCCAGGCAGAGUGCGAGUGAGAGAGAGUGUGUGAGCGUGUCUUCCGUGUGAGUGUCGCGCCCUGCAGCGUGAGUGAGUGAGUGAGCUAGUGAGUGAGUGAGUGAGGGCGAGGAGAGCGCGGCGCCGCGAUGAGGCAGCGCGGGCCUGCUGAGGCGCGGGUGCGCAAGGCGUCCUACUACGUGUGGUUCCUGGGCGCGGGGGAGUGCCGCGGCCUGCGGGGCGUGGAGUGCGUGCGCCCCGUGCUGGCGGCGCUGCUGGCGAGGGAGCGCGCCACGCCGCCGGACAAGGUGACGCUGCAGGUGUCCGGCAGAGGCGUGCGCGUGCUGGCGGCGGGGGACGGGGGCGCCGCGCCCUCUCGCCACUUCAUCCCCGCCGCGGCCAUCACGUACGUGCAGCAGGAGGCGCGCCCCGAGGACGACCUGGUGAGCUGCGUGCUGCUGGUGUACAACCCCGCCACGCGCUGCCCCGUGCACCUCCACGCCUACCGCUGCGACUCCACGCAGACCGCCGCGCUGCUGCGCCGCCACCUGGCGCAGCUUGCGGGGCGCCCCGACCACCAGGCCAAGCUGGCGGCCCCCUCGAGGCACGCCUGCACGCCCGCGGCCUGCCGCUGCCGCCCUGCCCGCCCUGCGGCGCCACGCCCCCCACGCAGGGCUCAGACGGCGCCUCCACGGGCUCCUCCUCCUCGCGGCGGCGGCGGCAGCGGCACGGGCGGCACGGGCGGCAGCGGCGGCGGCGUGUCUUCUCUCUACGACUCGCUGGCGGCGGAACUCCGGGAGAAGCUGGGCGGGCGCGGCGCCCCCCUGCUGCUGCCCCCCAGGGACUACGACUCCCCCGGAGGUGCGCCCCCCAACCCCCGCAAGGGCGCCGCUACCACGCCCUCCCACGCCCGCGCCGCAGGACGACGACCAAGCCACCAGGUCGUCUGGCAUCGGCAGUGACCACCACAGCACGCCCUCGCCCACGCACGAGCCAGAUGAUGACGAUGAUGACUGGCUGGGCUACGACCCCCACCCCCACACCCCCGCCACCACCACCACCACCACCACCUACCUGUCCCCCCACCAUCGCUCGCCCCCUGCCCCCCACCACCACCACCACCAUGCCCCCCGACC